AUGUUUGAUGACCAUGGUGGACUGGAGGCAUCACUUUACAUGAAGCAGAACUUGACGAGGCUGUUCAUCCAAAUGGACAACUUUUUCCUAGAGGAACUUCAGAACUCUCGCCAAAAACCUUUUGAUUUGGCGGAUCUUGCAAUGGCUGAUGAAAGCAUUGUAUGUGGUUCAUCCAGUACAACCUCCUUGAUCGCUCUCAUAAUUAGACGACAUAUUUUGUUCGCCAGUGGUGGAGAUUGCCGUUCAGUACUAUGCCGGAGAGUAGUGUUUGUUGGCAUAUCUUUCGAUCACAGAUCAACACAAGAACCAGAACGUAGGCGGAUAAAGGAUCUAGGAGCAUACUUUGAGGGCAGUUACGUCAACUGGGUUUUUGCUGUCAGCGCGUGCCACUGGAAAUUGGGAAAUGAAGAUUCCUUUCACUGGCUCCUUAUGAGUUCAUACCCAAAGAUUAGCAAGAUGAGGAGGCAUGAUGACCCCAUACAAUGUGCAAUGGAACUUAGAAAGAAGCAGCGAGGCUUAAUUCAUCAGAUUAUAUGACGGUUGUGGUAAUCUGGUUCUGGCAGACCUCACCAACCGCAGAGAAAAUUAAGGCUAAGUGUUUUUUUAUGAAGCCAAAGUUUCGAGUGGACUUAAGCAGAGAAAACUAAGGUUAAGUGUUUUUCUAACAGAAUUUUGUUUUUGCGUCCAUAUCCAUAAAAACUUUUGUUACUUAUUACCAUUCUAUCUUCAGA